AUGAGGCGGCCGACGCGGCGGCUGGCGCUGUCUCUGCUGGGGGUGCUCUGGCUCGCUGCUCUCCUCCUCUUCUUCUUCGGGGCGAGGAGGAAGUUGGAGGCGGCGGGAACCGAGGGGCGCCCGCCGGAGGGCUCGGAUGUGGACUGGGACGACCUUUGGGAUCAGUUUGAAGAGCGGAGGUACCUGAGUGCCCGGAGGUGGAAGGGCGGCGAGGACCCGUACCGGCUCCAUGCCUUUAACCAGCGGGAGAGCGAGAGGAUCCCCAGUGACCGCGCCGUCCGCGACACCCGCCAUCACAGGUGUACAACUUUGCACUAUCGCCAGGACCUCCCGCCAACCAGCGUCAUCAUCACCUUCCACAACGAGGCCAGGUCAACCCUGCUAAGGACGAUUCGGAGUGUGCUGAACCGCACCCCAGUGCACCUCGUCCAUGAAAUCAUACUAGUGGAUGACUUCAGUGAUGAUCCUGACGACUGCCGCUUGUUGGGCAAGCUCCCCAAGGUGAAGUGCUUGCGGAACGGCCGUCGAGAAGCCGGUCUGAUCCGGUCCCGAAUCCGAGGGGCAGAUGUGGCACAAGCAGGAAUCCUGACCUUCCUUGACAGUCACUGUGAGGUCAAUAAGGACUGGCUGCUCCCUCUGCUGCAGAGGAUCAAAGAGGAUCCCACCCGAGUGGUCAGCCCCGUUAUUGACAUCAUCAACUUGGACACUUUUGCCUAUGUGGCGGCUUCCUCGGACCUCAGAGGAGGUUUUGACUGGAGUCUACAUUUCAAAUGGGAGCAGCUUUCCCCAGAGCAGAAAGCCAAACGACUUGAUCCCACCGAACCCAUUAAGACUCCCAUCAUUGCUGGGGGGCUGUUUGUGAUCGACAAAGCCUGGUUCAACCACCUGGGGAAGUACGACAGUGCCAUGGACAUCUGGGGUGGGGAGAACUUUGAAAUCUCUUUCCGUGUGUGGAUGUGUGGAGGGAGCCUGGAAAUCAUCCCCUGCAGCCGCGUUGGACACGUCUUCCGGAAGAAACAUCCAUAUGUCUUUCCAGAGGGAAAUGCCAAUACGUACAUUAAAAACACCAAGCGCACCGCGGAGGUGUGGAUGGACGAAUUCAAGCAGUACUACUACGCGGCUCGUCCCGCAGCCCAAGGGAGGCCUUAUGGAAACGUCCAGAGCAGAGUGGAGCUGCGGAAGAGGUUGAAAUGCCACAGCUUCAAGUGGUACCUGGAAAACGUUUAUCCCGAACUUCGGAUUCCCGAGGAAUCGCUCUAUCAGACUGGGAUGAUCAGGCAAAGGCAGAGCUGCCUGGAGUCACACAAGUCUGAAGCCCAAGAGUUCCCCAUCCUGAGCUUAAAUCCUUGCAUCAGCAGCAAAGGCACAGCAGCAACAGCACAGGAAUGGACAUAUACAUACAACCACCAAGUCCGCCAGCAGCAGCUGUGCUUGUCUGUGUACACUCUCUUCCCCGGUUCCCAGGUGCUGCUGUCACCUUGCAAAGAAGGUGACAACAAGCAGCGAUGGGGUAAAGUUGGGUCACACAUUGAACACAUAGCUUCACGCUUCUGUUUGGACACUGAGACGACUGGGGACACAAAUGAAAGCACCAAAGAGCUUGUCAUCAACCCUUGUGAGAGCACAGCCAUGAGUCAGCGCUGGGACAUGGUGAUGUCUUGACCUGCUGGAGGACUUACACAGCGGGGAUGGGCACUGAGAUGUUGCUACAUGCAGCCGAGAUGCACCAGAUAGAGCGCAAAUGCAAAACCAUUGGGGGUCCUUGUGUACUACGGGACAGGAGAAGAAUCAUUGAAAUAAAAAUAAGGAUGUGGCACUCCAGGUUGAACAACGGAUGUUGUCUGCAAGACAUGCAGCCGGUAUUGGCCUGUUGGCGGUCAUACAUUCAAUGAGAAAGGUUGGCAAAAAAACAAACUUGAAAUGUUUUAGAGGGAUACCGGGGGUCCUGUGAUGGGCCCUACAGAAGUUCAGUGUGCACAGUAUUGAUUAAUCUCUCUGGAAACACACGCAGAAGAGCCUUGUAGACCAAAAGGAGACUUGGACUCAGCAAAACAAGCAUCUCAAUAGCUUUUGGGGGGUGAGGCAGGUGCGCAAGGAGGGAUGUGCCAAGGGAUGCUAAGAAACAUCGCCUGGGAUCCAGUGGAAAACACUGAAUUAUCUUUGCACUUUUCAUUGCUGUGGAUGAGUUUGUCUUCUGCAGACAGCAUGGGUGGAGCCCUGUUGCACGUUCGAAUUCGUAUCUGAUCCACGUACAUGUUGUGUAUACAGAGGCAGGGCAGUCAUUUAUGGCUGUGGCCAGGAUCAAACCAGCAAGUAAUGGGGGAAUCCUGCUCUGUACUAACCGCACAUGGGGGUUGUUGAAUCUCCAAAGCCCAAGCAAACAGAGGAUUCAGUGUGUGAGAUUAAAGGAUAUAAACUGCUGUGAAGCUGGGAGGAAAAGCAGUAACAUGAUUAUUUCUCCUUUCUGAAGGCCAUGGGUGAGCCUUGGUCACUGAAAACUCCCCUAUAAUCUCAUUAUGUGUCUCUCACUGCUUCAGAUCUGGAAU